AUGGCAUCCGAAGUGACGAGUCCAACGCGAAUGAUCGCUCACUGCGAUGUGCUGCCCGAUCUCCUGCAGCAACUUCUUGAGAAUGAUUCAAACACACAGCUGAUUGUUUGCGCCACCAAGUCCGAGUUCUUGGUGCGCCUCACGGCAGCAAUGCGCAAGCAACGAGCUGAUCCAGAGACUCCCAUGGGCCAUGAUCUGCUUACAAAAACGAUCGGGCUUCUCGCAAGAUCCAGCAACAUCAAGCUGGCGUUCUGUCCGACCCUAGAGAGCCUGCGGGCGCAUAUUGCGGUGUUGAAAGCCACCACGGACGAAACAGGAUCCCACAACAGGCAGCUACUUGCAAUCCUUGACAUGGUAACCAUGCAUAGCACGACUUCGGAAUUCUCGGCACAGGGGCUCUCGAGAACGCUUGCCUCUGCUGUCGAAUCCGCCUAUCGGGCGGGUAUGGAUCUCAGGCUCUAUGAGUGUGAGAACGCCCUAGAUCCCGAGAGUGAUGUGUGCGGAAGAAAACUAUGGGAUAUGAGUGUCCCUUUACUGAAUGGGUCAGUUCGAAUGCGAGGAGACGAGACCAACUGGGGUGCACGAGGCGUUUCCGUGAGACGGAUUGUCGAGCGCUGGUUUGAGUUCGAUCAGAGCCAUUAA